GAAGAAAACAACAACAGCAGCAGCAGGAGCAGCAGGAGCAGCAGCAGGAGCAGCGAGAAAAGAGACAAUGUCUCUUUUGUUCGAUUACGUCACCACCAGUCCAACCACCAUUUUAGGAGCUGUUUUUCUCCUGCUUCUUCUCUACGUCGUCUCCAGGAGCUUCUCCUCUGAGAGAAGCAGCAAUGAGCCCCCAGGACCAAGGCCUUUGCCCCUGCUUGGAAACCUAUUACAGCUUGAUCUCAAGAGGCCCUACAAAACACUCUGUGAGCUCUCAGAGAAAUAUGGCUCUGUCUUUACGGUUUACUUGGGAACCGAUAAAGUGGUCGUCCUGGCUGGAUACAAAGCAGUCAAAGAGGCUCUGGUCAGCUGUGCGGAAGAGUUCGGAGACCGACACAUCUCCCCCAUAUUUCACGAUAUCAAUCAAGGCCAUGGAAUUCUGUUUGCAAACGGGGAGUCAUGGAAAGAGAUGAGACGUUUUGCCCUCAGCACCAUGAGAGACUUUGGGAUGGGGAAACGACUGGUGGAGAACAAAAUCUUAGAGGAAUGUCAGUUUCUGAUGCAAAUGAUGGAGCAGCACAAAGGGAAACCAUUUGAUACGGCAUGCCCGAUGAAUUACGCUACAUCCAAUAUUAUCUCUUCUAUUGUCUACGGGAGCAGAUUUGAAUACGAUGACCCUCGAUUCCAAAAGUUGGUGCGAAGAGCAAAUGAGAACAUACGCCUUGCAGGUUCUGCGUCAAUCCAGGUUUACAACAUGUUUCCCAGGCUGGUUCGUUGGAUAAAAAACCGGCAGCUCAUUGUGACAAAUGCUGAAAAUACUAUCAGAGAUGUCAAAGAUUUAAUACUGCAGCUGAAAGAGACACUAACUCCUCACUCCUGCAGAGGACUUGUGGACUGUUUUCUGGAUCGGAAGCAGAAAGAAGAACAAACUGUUAAGGACACUUACUACCAUGAGAGAAACCUGAUAUUCAUGAUAACUAACCUAUUUGCUGCAGGCACAGAUACCACAGCAAGCACACUCAGAUGGGGUUUGCUGCUUAUGGCCAAAUAUCCACAUAUACAAGAUCAGGUCCAGGAGGAGUUGAGUACGGUGGUAGGAAACCGUCAGGUCCAGAUAGAUGAUCGCAAAAACCUGCCCUACACUGAUGCUGUCAUCCAUGAGACACAGAGACUGGCCAACAUUGUCCCCAUGGCCAUUCCUCACAAAACCAGCCGAAACAUCACCUUCCAGGGCUACUUUAUCAAACAGGGAACGGUCGUGUUUCCUCUUCUUACUUCUGUGCUGUAUGAUGAGAGUGAAUGGGAGAGCCCACACACUUUCAACCCAUCCCACUUUCUAGACAAGGAGGGUAAAUUCAUCAGGAGAGACGCCUUCUUACCCUUCUCUGCAGGUCGCAGAGCGUGUCUUGGAGAGAGUCUGGCAAAGAUGGAGCUCUUCCUCUUCUUCACCACUCUCCUCCAGCGCUUCCGCUUCACUCCUGCACCUGGAGUUGCAGAGGACGACCUGGAUCUCACAUCAUCUGUGGGCUUCACCCUCACCCCGUCACCUCAUGAGCUGUGUGCCGUCAGUCGCCUGUGAGGAAGACAGCUGGACGCUGGAGCAUUGCAUUUCAAAUGCGUCUUGUUAUACUGACUAUUAUACUAAAACAGAUACCUCCAUUCUUUGCUAUAAAUUCAUUUAGAUUGUUUUAUUUUUGUACACAGGUUUUUGUCAGUUAUUUCUAAUGCAAAAUGACAAUUCAUUGAUUAAAACAACUGUUAUUAGAUUUUGUAUAUUGUAA